GAGAACCCGUACCCCUUCCAGUGCUCCAUCGAGGACCCCACCAAGCAGACCAAGUUCAAGGGCAUGAAGAGCUACAUUGCCUACAAGCUGGUGCCCAGCCACACCGGGCAGCAGGUGCACCGCCGCUACAAGCACUUCGACUGGCUCUAUGGGCGGCUGGCCGAGAAGUUCCCCGUAAUCUCCGUGCCCCACUUGCCGGAGAAGCAGGCCACCGGCCGCUUCGAGGAGGACUUCAUCUCCAAACGUCGCAAAGGCCUGGCCUGGUGGAUGGACCACAUGUGCAGUCAUCCCGUGCUGGCUCAGUGCGAUGCCUUCCAGCACUUCCUCACCUGUCCCAGCACGGAUGAGAAGGCCUGGAAGCAGGGCAAGCGCAAGGCUGAGAAGGAUGAGAUGGUGGGUGCCAACUUUUUCCUGACCAUCAGUGUCCCCACGGGCCCCGGGGCUAGCCUGGACUUGCAGGAGGUGGAAAGCCAGGUGGAUGGCUUCAAAGCCUUCACGAAGAAGAUGGAUGAAAGCGCCCUGCAGCUUAAUCACACAGCUAACGAGUUUGCCCGCAAACAAGUCACUGGUUUCAAGAAGGAAUACCAGAAGGUGGGGCAUUCCUUUAAGUGCCUCAGCCAGGCAUUUGAGCUGGACCAGCAGGCCUUUUCCGUUGGCCUCAACCAAGCCAUAGCCUUCACUGCAGAAGCCUACGAUGCCAUUGGGGACCUCUUUGCAGAUCAGCCCCGUCAGGACCUAGAUCCCGUGAUGGAUUUGUUAGCGCUGUAUCAGGGGCAUUUGGCCAACUUUCCAGACAUCAUCCACGUCCAGAAAGGUAACUCUGAUGCGUUUUCAGAAAUGAUGUAG